CAGGUCAUUAUUCAGAUCGGGCCCAAACUCUUCUCUGGAAUUUGCUCCGACGACACAGGAAACACACGUGUCGCUCGUAAAAAAAUUCAAAAGAAAUACCCUUGGAUCCUGAACACACCGGAUCCAUGUCACCGGAUGAACUUGCUUGUGAAGGAUAUCUGCGCGAUCCCCUUCUUCCAGCCUGCUAUCAAGACAACACGGCGUGUUGUCAAAUUCUUCAAAAAAUCAACACAUGCAAAUUCACACUUACGAAAAGCACGCAAAACAUUGAAGGUCACUCGUGGUUUGAUCUCCGUUGGGAAAACACGUUUCGGGAUCAUGUACUUCUCCGGUGCAUCAGUGCAGCGUUGCCUACCUGCCAUUCGAGACUUAUGUGAGAAUGGAACUGUAACAAUACCGGUA